AUGAAGUUUGGAAACGUCGUUGUAGUGCCGCCGCUCCUGGCCGCCAUGUCGUUCGGCGACGACCCGAUCAACGAGGGCGACACGGCGGGGCUGCAGUGCAUGGUGGUGAAGGGCGACCAGCCCGUGGCGCUGGCGUGGUUCAUCGACGGCCGGCCCUACCGCCAAGAGCAGGCCGAGCGCGGCGUCCUGGUGGACAAGCGGGGCGCCAAGAUGAGCUACCUGACCAUCGACGCGACCCGCGCGGAGCACACCGGCGAGUACCGGUGUGAGGCGACCAACGCGGCGGGUCGCGACUCACAGACAGCCGUCCUCAACGUGAUAGGUGCGCCCCUGUUGGGCUGGCACGACUUGUUAGUUUGCGAUGUUUUGUUUUGUUCUUUUAUUUUCGCCCGCUCUCCAGUAGACAGUUUGCUCUCCCCGUCCCCUACCGUUCCCCCCCUGACCUUGCACCCCAUCGACUCAAAACGGGUCCUUCCACCUAUGUCAGUGGCGCCGGCCGUGGCCGCGCUGUCGUUCGGCGACGACCCAGUGAACGCGGGCGAGGCGGCGGCGGUGCAGUGCUCCGUGCCCAAGGGCGACAUGCCCAUGGAGAUUCGCUGGAGCAAGGAUGGCGUGGACCUGCAGUCCGGUGACGGCGUCCAGAUCGGCAAGCUCGGCCAGCGCAUCAGUACGCUGAGCAUAGACCCCGUCGGCGAGAGGCACAGCGGAAAGUACACGUGCAGGGCCAGCAACAAGGCCGGGUCCGAGAGUCAGUCGGCGCAGCUGGACGUGCUGGGUACUGUUCCGUGA